CCUUCUUUUAGUCUGAACAGGUCAUGGCCAGUGUCAACAUGGAGAAGGAGGGCCUCCUCAAGCAGCUGCAAUUCUUCAAGGAGAAAGGUAUCAAGAUCCGAUCGUUGGUGACUGACCGUCACCCUGCCACACGAAAGCACAUGAAGACGCACGAACCCGGGAUUGACCACUUCUUUGACAUAUGGCACAUCUCCAAAAGUGUGAAAAAGAAGCUGACAGCAGCAAGCAAACGGGCUGGAUGCCAAGACCUGCAAAUCUGGAUCCAGACAGCUACAAACCAUAUGUACUGGUCAGCAAGGGCUGCAGGAGGCGACGAGAAACUGCUCAUCGACAUCUGGCUCAGCAUACACAACCAUGUCAUCAACAAACAAUCAACAAACGAAGGAACCUAUGGAAGGUGCCUCCAUGGUGACAUGCCAGAGCCAACGCGACCAUGGAUGGAUCCCAACUCGCAGGCCUACAACCAAUUCAAGAGCAUCACUGGCAACAAACUGCUCCUGAAGGACCUUGCACAGAUGUCUCCACAUGGCCAGACAUAUGCUUUGGAGGCGUUCCACAGCGUCCUGAUAGACUUCGCCCCGAAGUCCCAGGCUUUCAGCCCAGAAGGCAUGCUUGCAAAGACUCGACUUGCAAUCCUCCAUUUCAACGAAAACUCAAACCGCUGCCAAGCCGUCACACGAGAGGGCAAGCCACGUUGGUCGGUCGUAACAUCAAAAGCACGAAAGGGCCACCACACAGCGCGACCAGAGAUUACGGAUCCCACUUACAAGUAUGUUGGAAAGCUCAUCAAGGAGGCAAUGGAGAGCAGCAAACAGUGGCGGUCCCUGGCUGCUGCAUCGAAGGCCAACACCGUCGUCUUCCCGGCACCGAUGACUGCAGCCUACACAAGGCCUCCAAAAGAGGAACUCGUGGCAGCACGAAUGUCCAGGUUCGGCCAGAGGCCCCAGUAA